GAAACCACAUGCGGUCCCACCGCGUCAUGGAGUCCAAUCCCAUAGCUACCUUUGUACUUUCAGAGCACUCCAACUUCCUAUAAAAUGCAGAGAUUAUUGAAGUUGAUCCGAUUUGUCCAUUGAGCUCAAUGGCGGCAGCGAGACGCUCCGAUACGACGUCGCUUCGUCAGCCGCUGGUUGCCGUACCGGAAUCGGAGUCUCCUCAUUCCCAACCACCGCAGUACGUCGUCGUUCUACCGCCCAACCUACCGCCGUACCGCCACCGCCUCCUCCGAGGAUCGUGUCUGCGGUGCGGAAUCUGCUCGGCUGUUGUCGUUGUCUUACUCUUGGUUGGUGUUUACCUGCUCUGGCCGUCUGAUCCUGAGCUCCAAAUUGUUCGCGUCGGUCUCGAUCGCAUCCACUUCCACACGCGCCCCCAAAUUUCACUCGACAUAACCCUAGACCUGACUGUCAGGGUUCGGAAUAAAGAUUUUUACUCACUUGACUACGAGUCAUUGCUCGUCGCGAUCGAGUACAGAGAUAGGAGGUUGGGAAAUAUGUCUUCGGAUGGUGGGUAUAUCAAGCCGCGUGGUUCGUCGUACGUUAACGCUACACUUGAGGUGGACGGCGUGGAGAUGCUGCAUGAUGUCAUUUUGUUCCUCGAUGAUUUGGCUAAAGGCUCGAUUUCUUUUGAUACAGUGUCAGAGAUCAGUGGAAAGCUUAGUCUUCUCUUCAUUGCCCUGCCUAUUAAGACAAAAAUAUCUUGCGAAGUUAUUGUAGAUACACAUAAUCAAACGAUUGCUCAUCAGAAUUGCUACCCAGAGGUUUGACAAAUGAGAUAAAGAGGGCACUUAUUUGUAGGACCAGGGCAAUCCAAAUAACACGCAGUAACGAUGUAUAUAUUUCAAGAGAUUACCCCUAGGCACCUUUAUCUAAUUAUAUAGCUAGGACUAGGAUAUGAAAAUAUGUG